AAUUCGAACUGCGACGGCGGGUGGAGGGAGGAGUUGGUUGUUUCCGCGGCUGCUGUCCUGCCCGGUGAAUAGUUGCACAGGUUACAGGAAUUCGGUCCCUGGGUUGAGUCACGAAACUGGAAGAAGACAGAGAUCACAAGUAGACUGAGAGGCAGGAGGAAGCAGGCUCCCCGCUGAGCAGAGAGCCCGAUGUGGGGCUCGAUCCCAGGACCCUGAGAUCAUGACCUGAGCCGAAGGCAGAGGCUUUAACCUACUGAGCCACCCAGGCGCCCCAAGGAAACAUCUUGAGGUGGUAAGCAUGAAGCGCAGUUCAGUUUCCACCGGUGGUGCUGGCCGACUCUCCAUGCAGGAGUUAAGGUCUCAGGAUCUCAAUAAACAAGGCCUCCAUACCCCUCAAACCAAAGAGAAACCAACCUUUGGAAAGUUGAAUAUAAACAAACCCACAUCUGAAAGAAAAGUCUCUGUGUUUGGUAAAAGAACUAGUGGACAUGGAUCCCGGAAUAGUCAAUUUGGUAUAUUUUCCAGUUCUGAAAAAAUCAAGGACCCACGACCACUUAAUGACAAAGCAUUCAUUCAGCAGUGUAUUCGACAACUCUGUGAGUUUCUUACAGAAAAUGGUUAUGCAUAUAGCGUAUCCAUGAAAUCUCUACAAGCUCCUUCUGUUAAAGACUUCCUAAAGAUCUUCACUUUUCUUUAUGGCUUCCUGUGCCCUUCAUAUGAACUUCCUGACACAAAGUUUGAAGAAGAGGUUCCAAGAAUCUUUAAAGAUCUUGGGUAUCCUUUUGCAUUAUCCAAAAGCUCCAUGUAUACAGUGGGUGCCCCUCAUACAUGGCCACACAUUGUGGCAGCCUUGGUUUGGCUGAUAGACUGCAUCAAGUUACAUAAUGCCAUGAAAGAAAGCUCACCUUUAUUUGAUGACGGACAACCUUGGGGAGAAGAAACUGAAGAUGGAAUUAUGCAUAAUAAGUUGUUUUUGGACUACACCAUAAAAUGCUAUGAGAGUUUCAUGACUGGGGCUGACAGUUUUGAAGAGAUGAAUGCAGAGUUGCAGUCAAAGCUGAAGGAUUUGUUUAAUGUAGAUGCUUCCAAGCUGGAAUCAUUAGCAGCAAAAAACAAAGCACUGAAUGAACAGAUUGCAAGAUUGGAACAAGAAAGAGAAAAAGAACCGAAUCGUCUGGAGUCAUUGAGAAAAUUGAAAACUUCCUUACAAGCAGAUGUUCAAAAAUAUCAGGCAUACAUGAGCAAUUUGGAGUCUCAUUCAGCCAUUCUUGACCAGAAACUGAAUGGUCUUGAUGAAGAAAUCUCUAGAGUAGAGCUAGAAUGUGAAACAAUGAAACAAGAGAAUACUCGCCUGCAGAAUAUUGUCGAUAACCAGAAGUACUCAGUUGCAGACAUCGAGAGAAUAAAUCAUGAAAGAAAUGAAUUGCAACAGACCAUUAAUAAAUUAACCAAGGACCUAGAGGCUGAACAACAGCAGUUAUGGAAUGAAGAGCUAAAAUAUGCCAGAGGAAAAGAGGCGAUUGAAACACAAUUAUCAGAGUAUCACAAGUUGGCCAGAAAAUUAAAACUUAUCCCUAAGGGUGCUGAAAAUUCCAAAGGUUAUGACUUUGAAAUUAAGUUUAAUCCUGAAGCUGGUGCCAACUGCCUUGUCAAAUACAGAGCUCAAGUUUACGUACCACUCAAGGAACUCUUGAACCAAACUGAAGAAGAAAUUAAUAAAGCUCUAAAUAAAAAAAUGGGGUUAGAGGAUACUUUAGAACAGCUAAAUACAAUGAUAACAGAAAGCAGGAGAGGUGUAAAAACUCUGAAAGAAGAAGUUCAAAAGCUGGACGAUCUUUACCAACAAAAGGUUAAGGAAGCUGAAGAAGAGGACAAAAAAUGUGCCAGUGAGCUGGAGUCCUUGGAGAAACACAAGCAUCUGCUGGAGAGCGCUGUAAACGAGGGCCUCAGUGAAGCUAUGAAUGAAUUAGAUGCUAUUCAGCGAGAAUACCAACUAGUUGUGCAAACCACAACUGAAGAACGACGAAAAGUGGGAAAUAACUUGCAGCGUCUUUUAGAGAUGGUUGCUACACAUGUAGGGUCUGUGGAGAAACAUCUUGAGGAGCAGAUUGCUAAAGUUGAGAGAGAGUAUGAAGAAUACAUGUCUGAAGAUCUCUUGGAAAAUAUUAGAGAGAUUGGAGACAAGUAUAAGAAGAAAGCUGCUCUAAUUAAGCCUUCGGAUGAAUGAAGAUAAAAUAUUGAUUAUCUAAACAAGAACUUUAUUAACAGUGUAAAUUUUUAAAUGUCCUUUGUAAGUUCAAAAAAUCUCUAACAUAUCUUAUACCCCUCCUUACAAUGAAGUCUUAUGACCGUAUCUUCCCAAGCCUGUGAAAUAUUUUUAUAUUUUUUAUAAACCUAGUUUGUUAAUUUAAAGUAUGUAUAACCCAAAAUUAUGGUAACUUGUUAGAUUGUUAUCUUUAGAUGUGAAAGACUAGUUAUAUUAUGUAUCCAGAGUUAAUAAAAUUAUAUCAACAAAGUGUGUUUUUCCCUUAUUUCUCAAUCUAACUUCAGAUGGUUAGAAGACAGUUAUUUUUAUCUAAACCAGGAAUCAGCAAACUGGGCCAAAUGCAGUCACAUCCAUUCAUUGACACAUCAUCUAUGACUACUUUCACAGUACAGUGGCAAUGUUUAUUACAUUCAUUAGACUGCAGGCCCCAAAAUUAAUUAUCUGGCCCUUUACAUAAACUUCUCCAGUCCCUGGUAUACGCUCUACAAAGGCUGGGGCUCUACAGACUGUCAACAGUCUGUAAAAGAGCUACCACUGAACAUCCUAGUGAUACUGCUGCCCUUCUCACCAGGACAUUCCCUGUGGCCUUCAUGCAUGGGUUGUCCUCAAAGUCCUCCUAUGAAACCCUGGGGACUCUUCUGCCUUCACAUUGUGUGUUGCAGCAUUUUCACUUCCCUCAGCCUUUCUGUUUCUUCCUCUACUCUCUGCAAGGGCAACACAGGCAUUUCCAUUUGACUGAGUAAUAGCCAUCAUCUUAUCUAUCCAGCCUCCUCAUCAGUGAGUUUACCAAAUCUGCUGGGGUCCUUUACAGGGUGUUAAAUUCUGUAUUCUGAAAAAGUAUCCCUAAGCCAGGGAGUUCUUGCUUAUUGAACUUAAAUGUAUUAAGCACCUUUGUGGUACUGGAGUGGAACUGGAGAUAUUGAUAUGAACUCGUGGUUUGUAAUAUAUUGAUUCAGAUAGAAGUAUUUAGAUAUAUGUAUAUAUAUAAAUACUUAUAUUUUCUAGCUCUGUCCUUGGGGAAGACAUGGAAGCAUUGGCACAUUAGGAGCAACGAACAUAUACAGUGCUCAAGCUUUGGUUUCCAAAUAUUAUUGUCCAUUAAAAAGGACCAGUCAUCUUUGGAGAACUGGCCGAUUCCAGGGAUUGAGCAGGGAAAGUAAAGACUAGACCUGAAACAUUGGAUUGUGUCAGAAAGUAAGUGAAUACUCAAAGAAUGACAGAGAAAUGUCAAAAAAGGAUAGAGGAGUCAGCCGGAAGGGGGCUCCCACUGGUCAAACCUGGGACAAUUUAAACAUCAAAAUAAAUAAUGAUAGCUAUAGAUUAUUACCCAUUGAGUAAAGUAGAAUCCAUGGGCCCAUAGUCAUAUAAACAGUAGAGAAGGGUAAGUUCUUUGAGUAGAAUGCCAAGUGAUUAGUGUAGAAGUAAUGAAUAAUAGAAGUUAAAAAUCACUUUGCAUGUAAAAUUUUCUAGAAUUAGAAAUUAAAAAAACACUUUAUGUAUAGCAGCGUGGUUACAGUUAACAAUACUGCAGUGUGUAUUUGAAAGUUGCUUAGACAGUUGAUCUUAAGUUCUCAGCACAAGAAAAAUGUGUUAACUGUGUGAUGAUGAAUAUUAAUUAGACUUACUGUGGUGAUCAUUUUGCAGUUAUAUGAAUACUGAAUCAUUAUAUUGUACACCUGAAACUAAUAUGUCAAUUAUUUCUCAAUAAAAAAAGCAUUUUUUGGCAA